CGGGCCGCCUCCUGCAGCCCAACGACCUCCUUGGAACCAACAUGGUGCUGGCGAGCGCCGCCGCCUUCAAGGGCGCGUGGGCGGCGCCCUUCGAGGUCUCGUCGUCGCGCCUCCAGCCUUUCUACGCGGCGCCGGAGGAGCCCCGCGACGCCGUCACCAUGACGCAGAGAGGAGUGUUCAACUACGGCGAGUCCGAGGACCUGGGUGUUCAGAUCCUGGAGCUACCAUACGCCAACAGCCCCGUGUCGCUGUACGUCCUGCUGCCCCCUCUGAGCGCCGGCUCCCGAGGGCUGGCGGACACGGUGGACCGCCUUUCCCCCCCUCUGCUGGAGAGCGCCCUGGCUGCCAUGAGCCCCGCCGUGGUGAGGGUCGUCAUGCCCAAGUUCAAGAUCGAGUCGCAGGAUGGGGACAGCUUGCAGGAGACUCUCUCCCGCCUCGGCGUGAAAGAUCUCUUCAGCGAGCGCGCAAACCUCUCCGUGUUUUCCCCCGAAGGCAACCUGAGGGUGGGUCACGCAGCCCACAAGUCAGUCAUGGAGGUGGACGAGGGCGGCACCGACAGCUCCGUCUCCCCCUCAGCCAAGAACUUCGUCGAUCCGCUCGCCAGAGGACGACCGGCAGGAGAGUUAGGCCCGCUGAGGAACCGGGUGUUCGUGUGCAACCGGCCCUUCGCAUUCCUCCUGAGGGACACCCGGGCUGGGAGGCUGCUGUUCAUGGGCGCCCUCAAGGAUGCUCCACUGUGAGGGGCGGCCGGCGAGAGGGGGAUGGCGAAGCAGGUUGAACGAAGCAAGAAAUACAGUGAAGACAGAAGACAGAGAAACCUUGAUAUUAGGAACACGAGAGCAAUGUCUCGAAAGCAUGGCGCCUCCGUCCCUAUUCUUGGGUAAGACGUAAAAGUGGCCCAUAUGUAUACGUAUGUUAAAUACGUAUUGUUCAUAUAUGCACAUCUGCGUAUGUCCAUAUAUGCAUGUAAAUAUCUACACGAAGUAUUUUUCUUCAUUGUUUGACAAGGCCCGGUGUUGUGACUGUUCCGGAUAAUAACUGUUUUUACUUUAUUCCCUCCGGUAUUACAUUGCAUUAUUAUUAAAUUAUUUGCUUUAUAUCACUGUUGAGUGUUGGAUGUAUAUGUAUACACACAUUUAUACACACACACAC